ACCUACUUCUACGAAGGUGAGGAAGUAUGCGAUCGUAAUCGGGAUAUCUUUAUGGGCACAGUUGACGCCGUUGCUGAUGCCACCCAAUGCAUCGAACAAGCUCACAAUUUCUUCAGAACACUAACAGGAAUGGAUCAAAUUCAGUUCUCUCGACUCAGUGAAUUGGAAUUAUCGAAAAAGCUACAGGAAUUUGGAGUAAAGGCAGAUUCCGAACAAGUUCGCGAAUGGUUCAAGAGUGUCGAUUUUGAUAAAGAUGGCUAUGUAGAUUUUCAUGGUUGGAAUAAAAUUUUGGACAAUAAUGAGAAGCUUGGGAAUAUGUUCCAGGUAGACAAAAUGUCUCGCGAGUUGAAAUUUGGAAGAAAGUAA